AUGGAAGAAGUGGGACCUGACAAGAAGAGGACCGCAGAAGCCGAGAAGCAGGAAGGACGGCAGCCAGUGUUGGAAACUAAAAACCAGACUCUGACUGAAUUCAUUCUUCUGGGACUCACAGAUGCCCCAGAGCUUCAAACCUGUGUUUUCCUGUUUCUCCUCGUCACAUACUUAUUCAGUAUUGUGGGGAACCUGACCAUCAUCAUCCUCACGCUGCUGGAUUCCCAUCUCCAGACACCCAUGUACUUCUUCCUCAGGAACUUCUCCUUCCUUGAGAUCUCCUUCACGUCCACUUUUACUCCUCGGAUACUCUUCAGCAUCUCCACAGGAGUGAAGACCAUCAGCUUUGCCGGAUGCUUCACUCAGUACUUCUUCGCCAUCUUCCUUGGAGCCACCGAGUUUUACCUUCUGGCCGCCAUGUCCUACGACCGCUAUGUGGCCAUCUGCAAGCCCCUGCACUACACCACCAUCAUGAGCAACAGGGUCUGCACCCUGCUGGUCCUCUGCUCUUGGAUGAGUGGGUUCCUCAUCAUCUUAUUCCCGAUCAUCUUGACCAGUCAACUGGACUUCUGUGCGUCCAAUGUGCUCAAUCAUUACUACUGUGACUAUGGGCCCCUCAUAGAAAUAGCUUGUUCAGACACAAGGAUGCUGGAGAUCUUUGACUUUGUCUUGGCAGUCGUGACCUUGAUAGUCACCCUGACGCUGGUGGUCCUCUCCUACACACGCAUCAUCAGGACCAUUCUGAAGAUCCCUUCUGCACAGCAGAGGAAGAAGGCGUUUUCCACGUGUUCUUCCCACAUGGUUGUCAUCUCCCUCUCUUAUGGGAGCUGCAUCUUUAUGUACAUAAAGCCUUCAGCAACACAAGAAGUUGCCUUCAAUAAGGGCGUGGCUGUGCUCAACACCUCAGUGGCCCCUUUGCUGAACCCGUUCAUUUACACGCUAAGGAAUAAGCAGGUGAAACAAAGCUUCCAGGGCAUCACCAGGAAGAUCGUAAGCCUUCAAUAA